AUGCAGGGACUAUUGCAGGAAUUUGUACAGCAUAUGGAAAAUAUGGCAGCUCAGGAUCUAAUAGAGGAUCUGGGUGCCAACUGUAAUAAUGUCUGGUGGGAUUAUAGGGACGGCAGUCGUGCUUUCUUCAAAGAUUUUACGGAGCAAGACAAGGUCACGUGCAAGAUCAUGUCCGCUGCAUUAACGUUCAUGGGUACGAUACGCGCCGGAGGGCAGCUUGGAGACACCAGGAAUGAAGGUGAUAAGGACAUGAGACAAAUUUUAGGGUGCAUGGUGAUGCAUGUAUUUGCAAGUAUCUUAACACAUACACCGUGUGCGGAUACGUCGACAGGCAUAAAUUAUGCGUGGACGGCCACGACGAGGGUAGAUGCCGGGUUCGCGCUCACACCAGGUGCGGGCGCACUUGCAACCGGAAUAUGCGAGAAGACCGGCUGGCACGGAUUAACAAUAGGUAGCGGACAGAUUAGCAAAGCCGUGGAUGCGUGGUUAUCGCACAAUACGGAAUUAUGGACCAAACUGAGGAAACUGCAUGGAAAUGAGAACUGUCCACGCAACCAGUCAAGAACAGAUGCAUUACCAACAACAACAGGGAAAGUGGGUAAAGGGGCAGGUGCCAUGGGUACUGGUGGCAUUGGAAAAGAAAUAGUGAACGUGGUGACGGAAGUAUUCGACAAGAUGAAGGAAGACGUAAUUGAAAAAACAAGCUCAACGCCAGAGAUACCAGGAGCAGGUAAGGGCAGCAAGCAUGCGAUUCUAUGGGCAGAAUUCCGCAAAUAUAUGGAAGCGGAUGACACGGGGACAAUGAAAGGCUUGUGUGAUGCGCACCUAGGAACAGAGAAUAAUGGAACAGGAGACGAAAAGGAAAGUGCUAUAUGUGAGUUAACACUGAAAGCAUUACAUUUUAAACAUGGAAUUGAUUUAGCAGGAGCCCCCCCAAGGGCCGAUUACACGGACGAAGAAACAAAGCAGAUAGAUCUCUAUAUGAGAUGUAUCCUAGUAAAUAUAUUCAUGAAAAAAAUCAUGGGCAUGAAUUGUUUAAACCGACCAGGUGGACAGUUUGCAUUCAGUUUAGCGGAUGGAGUUUUGGAAGGUUUCAUAAACAUGAAGGUUGGUAAUAUUGCAUGCGAAGAGAAAGAUGCAGGGGAGGGGGGAAUACCAGGGGUAAAGGCGAAAGAUAGAACUUUUUGGCAAAUAAUGACCAGGUGGUUUGAGAGGAAUCAAUUAAAGCUGCACGAUGGGGACUGGGGAGUAUUAGGGAGGGAGUGUAAAGUGGAUAGAACAGCAAGAAAGGACGCGGGCACAAAAGAAGUGGGCGACGUGAAACAGAAAAUAAUCGAUAAAAUGAACAAAGUUGGGGACGAUAUGACACGGAAAGUGGAGGAAAUAUUGCCGCAGGUACGAACGUGUACAGAUAAGACAUGUGUAAAACGUAUAUUAGAGCAGAAGAAACAGGAGCACGCGACAUCACGUUCAAGGACUCCAGGAGUACAACAGGCUGCAGGGUCACCGGGGCCACAGGCCACAACACCACCAUCAUCAUCCGGAACCCCGGUAGACCUAGGACCUGCACCACACGCACCGGCAGGUAAGGACCGAGAGGAGAAAGCACCAACACGGCCGCAACCGCCGGACGUGAACAUACCCAAGGUGCAGCAACCGAAGAAGUCACUACCGAAGAAUGACCCCGCCGCCCAACCCGGUGCGAAGUCCAACGUCGCCAACCCCGCCCCUGCCAAACCAGCACCAGCCACGCCGGUCGACAGCGACGGAAACGCUACCACACCAGUAGCGACGUCGAAACCGCAGACACCAUCGUCAUCGGGGACGACCACAGAAGACGAUUGUGAAUGGCAGCCCAUAUUGAACGACAAGAGAAGGCAAGUAUACGUCGUGCAGAAUUAUAAUGUAAGUUACAGGGCAAGCAGGAAUAGCAGGCAGGAGAAAUCAGGCGCCAGAGAAUUUAUUUAUGGGGUACAUGCAUCUAUGAGUGUGUCCUUGGUUCUGAGAGGGAGAGUAUAG